AUGAAUGAAUGCAAAGAUAUAAAUGAAGAAGAAAAUAAAAUUUUAUGUCAAACAAAGGAAACAAAAAUUUCUAAAAAAAGAAAAUUAUAUGAAAAUGAAGAAAAUAAUAAUAAUAAUGAAGAAAAUCGUAAACAAAAAAAAAAAAAGAAAUUUCUGAAUAUUUUUAAUGGUUUUUUUAAUUGGAUAACUAGUAGAAGUAUAAAAAUACCAUCUAAAGAAAUUGAAUCUAUAAAUGAAGUAAAUUUUCUAAAUUUUAAUAAUGUUUUAUCUAAACAUUAUGGUUCAAAGGUUCUUUUUGUUACUGAUGAGUCUAUUGGGAAAUCAGAUAAUUUAUUGGUAGAUGAUAAAAUGGGAUGGAUAACAAGGAGAAGAAGAGACGUUGGACAUGAAUGGUUAAUAUUAAAAUUAAAAUAUCCAAGUAUUAUUUAUGGUAUUGAAUUAAAUUUUGAAAACAUUGAUGAAGAUAUAUGCCCUCAUUUGUCAAUUGAAGUUGUAGAAAAUUGUUCAAUAGAUGAUGUAAUUAAAGAAGAAGAAUUCAUUAUCAGUGAAACAGAAAAAGAUGAAAAACUUGUAAAAAAAAAAAGUUACAAUUUUUUAGAAUCUUAUAAAAUAGAUAAAUCUAUCUCAGAUUUAUUGGAAAGUCAAGAUACACCAUGGAUAGAAUUGUUGCAAGCUGAUUGUGUUGAUUUCUUAAAAUGUUUUACAAAAAAAAAAUUAUAUUAUUUUAAAAUAAAUGACCAAUCAUUAAUUAAACCCUGGACACAUAUUAGAAUUAAUUUAUAUCCAGAUGGAGGAAUUAAUAAAAUAAAUUUAUAUGGAGAGUUUGUUUCUUUAUUUAAAAAGCAUACAAUAGUAUCAAAACAAAAAAUAUUUUUAAAUAAGCCUGAAAAUGGGUGCACUUUAAUAUAUUAUCAUUGUGAUGAUAUAUAUAAAGGACACCCAAAAAAUAUGAUUGAUUCUUAUAAGACAGAAGGAUUUUGUACUAAUAGAUUAUUUAAUAGACCUCCUAUUAUUUUAAGAACACUCAUUUAUAAUUCUAUAAAAAAUAUUUCUAUCUUUAAAUUUGGUGUUAGAGGUAUUAUUGAAAAUUUUACAAUAGAUAUAGGAAAUUAUAAAUAUGAUCAUCCAGAAUGUAUUCAGAUUUAUUUAUUAGAUUGCAUUGAUAUUCUUACUUUAGAUUUGUUAGAACAAAAAAGAAUUUUUGAAGAAGAUGAAAAAUUACAAAAAAAAAAAAUUGAUUGGUUACAGCUACCACCAUGUAAACUAGCUACAGAUCAACAAAAAACAUUUUAUAAUUUCAAUUUAUUGGAAUAUAAUUUUACUAUUAUGGAAAGAACAGCUACUCAUUUUAAAGUUUCUUUACAUCCUGAUGGAGGUAUAUCUCAAAUUAAUGUUAUCGGAACAGUAUUAUCAACACCUCCUUAA